UUUGAGGCUCCAGGCUGGGCGCUUAUUCAAGGGAGGCACUUAAUUGAGGGGGGCGCUUGUUUAAAGAGUAGACUUGGGUGCAAAUUAUCUUGUUCAUUAAUCUUUCUUGUUGAAUAGUCUUCCAAUUAUGUUUUCGUUGAAAAUUCAAAUAAACGCCUGUUUCUGAAGGUUGAAGGAUGGGCGCUUAUUUGAGGGGUGGGCACUUAUUCAAGGGAGGUGCUUAUUCAAUAACUUCACCUCUAGGGUGGGUCCUUAUUUGAGGGGGCUCUUAUUUGAGGGGGGUGCUUGUUCAAGGCAUUACAGUAACUUUAAAAUGGGCUUUGCUCAAAACAUCAUCAAUACACUUGCUCUUUCUUCGUGCAAUUUUAUCAAAAAUUCAAGUUAAAUUUUACUUUACCUUUGCUAGUGAAAUGCUCAAUGCCAGCAUUUUAUAAUAAUUUCAUGUAAGUUUAAUUUUGUUCACCUGCCAUUUAAUCAGUGUGCUUUUUAUUCCUAUGUGUGUGGUAGUUUUUUAUAUGAAUAUCUUGAUGUUUAGAUACCGCAAAUCCUCCAAUAAGCCCCUGGGGGCUUAUUUGCAAAAAAUGAAUUUUUGGGUGGGGGCUUAUUCGAGGAUUUACGGUAUUUAGAUGAACAAAGUUAUGCUCAGAUUGCUUUUUAGAGGAUUUGUGAAUAACUAAUACUUGACAGGAAUUGCUAUGGAUGUGAACCAUUUUUAAAUGCUGAAGCAAGAAAAUUGAAUCUAGACGCUUUGGUGUUUAUAGCAUGGGUGGUAUAAUUUAUUUCAACACCAUCACACAAUGCAGUAAUUUAUUUCAACAGACCUCAAUUAAGUCUAGGACCUACCUUGUGGCACCAAAGGCAUGGUAGCAUCCAAAACUAUUUAAAUAUAUGUAGAGCAGGUGACAUAGCACCUCUAGGCAUGCAGUGAUGGUGCUAAAGCCAAGGACGGAGAAAAGAUUAUUUGAGCCACGCCCUUUUAAUGUAAGAAAACAAUGUUUUACUAACAGGGAACAUCAAUUUUACAAACAGGAAAUGCCAAAUACUAUGUGUUGUCAACAUAAAAACAGUUUCAAAGUUAUAGAAGCGCACCACAAAAUAUACUUUACUUUAAUAUAAUACCCCCCAUAUUUUUCACUGAACUUGAAGGUAAUACCAAAUUGAUCCUGCCAAAAACGGGGAAACAUGUCCCCCCUAUAGGUUUGGCAUGGCCCAGGUGGUGUCAAUAUUUGGGGUCUGAGAUUUGACAAGUAUCAAAUUUAGGGAUCUGUUAAUCAAGACGAAAACAUAUUAUUUGGGAUCUUCACGUUUUAAAGGAAUACUGUUUGGGGUCUCAACAAAUAGGGACUCGAUUUUUGGGGCUCCUUAAAACUGUGACACGAUAUUUGGGCCACAGCAAAAAAAAUUGGUGACAUGAUCCUGGUAUAAAAAGGUAGGGUUACCCCCUGGAAACCCAGCCUCUUUUUCAAAAAACGCUUUAUCGAUUACGCGCGAAUUUUGUAUUUAACAUGGCUACCAAAAAGGAACCAGAAGGGCUCUUGCUGGGUCCAUCUGAAUUCUCAAGGAAGCUAGUCAAAUCAGGAAAUAACGAUAGCGCUUCAGCAUACAAUGUGAAGAAGGCGCAGACAAUUUCUUCAAAAAAUCUAGUGCCUCCUUCAGAGUGGACAGUGAAGAAAGUUGGAACAAAUGAACAAGAUAAGAAAGUUAGAGAAGACACCAGUAUCGGACAUCAUUUAAAACAACACGAUGAUAACCAAAAAGAAAAUAGUAUAGAAAAGAGGCAUGCCGCUCUUGCUAAAUCGAAAACAUGUAUACCAAUUGAUAAAGACAAAAGACAGCUUGAAGAUACGACCAAGAAGCUUAUGGCAGAAAUAAAAUCUUGUAAAGAGGACAAUCGAAAAAUGCACGAAGACUUGGCUGCCCAGCUUCAGCCACUGAUAAAAGUUAAUAAAGAUGCAAGCGAAUCAACUGUAGAUCAAAAUGGACCACCUCAAGAUUUUCGACGGCAAGAAGAGCUUGAUCAUAAAAGAAAUGUUCAAUUUCAAGAGCUUUUGCAAACGAAAGUUCAGAAACAGACAGAUAACAUAGACAAAGUCAUGAAGCAGUUCUUGGAACAUCAAUCCGAGAUAAAUGCCGAUAAUGAAAAGUUGAGAAGGAAAUAUUCACGACUUAAUGAAGAGUACAAAGAUGUCAAAAUCCAUCUUGAGAAACAGUUAGAGAUGAAAGAGAAACAAUGCAAAGAUUAUGUUAUAAAAUUGCAGGUGCUUGAAGAUGAGUUACAGAAGAUGGAAAGGCAAAGCCAAACAGAGAUCCACCGGUUAAAUAAUGAAUUAAAAAUGAAGGAAACGACUGUCACUAAUCUUCAGUCAAUUAAAGAUGCCAGUGAAAAAGUAUUUCAACAACUGCAAGCGUCUAGAGAUGCAGAAACAAAAACCAUCAUAACAGAAUAUGAUACAAAACUAGCAUCAUUAAAACUUCUUUUGUCAAAACAUGAAAAGGAUUUGCAGCAAGAAGCAGAUAAAAAGAAAGACCUAGAAAAUACUCUGAAAGAGAAAGAAAAACUUUUUGAGAAAAAUUUGCAGUCUAAGGAUGACGAAGUAAAUGUACUCAAAGAUCAGUUAGAAAGUAAAGAAAAAGGAUUGGGCAAGUUAACUGAAGAACUGGAACUGAGUAGAAAUCAGGUAGAGGAACUGAAGUUUGAUAUGCAGACCAAACAAGAAUUGUACGAAAAAGAAUUAGCCGAUAUGAAGAAAAACCAAGAGAAUUGUUUGAAAGGGGAAAUCCACAAAGCAAACACAAUGAAAGCUGCUCUUGGGAGCAAAUCAAGUGAGUUAGAAAAUGCAAAGGCAGAAAUAAAGCAACUUCAUGAUUACAUUGCUGAAAAACAAUCAGAGGAAGAAAAUCCCCAAAGCUGGAAGGCAAGGGUUAACACUCUAACAGAGGAUAAUUCACAGCUGAAAGAGACUUGUGCAAGUUUGGAGUCUGCUGUCCAGUUUCUGAAUAUCCAUGUUUCAUCGUUGAACAAUGUAAUAAAAAUACAAGAAACUGAGCUAUUGAGAGAUGGCACCCUCCUUGGUGGUGAGAGAAUUAAAAGGGCUUUAUCAACAUGGAGAGAAAAAGUUUUUUCAUUAUUAGUGCAGUUGAAAUCUUUGGAAAUUUUAGACAGAGAUAGUACACAGAAGUUGCAGAAUCAGCUUAAGGACUUCAAGAAACAAUCACAGGAGAACAAAACAAAGAUUGAACUACUUGAAGCACACCUAGCAGAAAAGAAUGCUGAUUUAGAGGUCAAAUCCAGUCAGAUCAGAGCGCUUUCAGUUGAAGUAUCAUCAUUGCAAGAAAAACUUUCCAAGCAGGAACAGAAAAAUGAAAAAGCCAGCAUUUGUGUAGCAAGCAUAAAGAACAAAAUAGAAGUAUUUGAGAAGUUAUUAAGUGAGAAGUUUGAGCCAAUUGAAAACAAGCUCAUGGGCCUCAGGUCGCUUGCCAAUAGAGUAACAUUUGCUCACAAACGUCUUGGAGUGAUUAAAGACCUGUUUGACAGAAAAGAAGCACACUUGAAAUCAAAAUUUGAAAAAAUCAAAUCCAGUGGCAAAGAUGAUGAAGGUGAAGAAGAGCUUACUGGGUAUGACAAGAAAAGUUUACUGGCAGAAAUAGAGCAUCUAACAAAUGACAGAAAGGUAUUGACAGAUCAAGUCAGAAGAGAUACUGAAAAACUGACAACCCUGGAAAAAAAGAUGAAGGAUGAGUAUGAAGUGAAGCUAAAAUCCAGAAAUGAAGUUAUUGAAAGACUGGAAACGGAACUUGAAUUAAGCCAAAACAAAAAUGAAGAACUAAGAUAUGAAAUUUCAAUUAUGGACACAGAGCAUGCUGAACUCAAUAAAGAAAUUACAAAUUUGAAAUUUGAUUUAGAAAGAGCAAAGUCAGAGUUUGAAAAAGAGAUAGAUUCUCAACUGGGAAACCAGAGCGAAAAGCACUUUGAAGAAUCUUCAAAGAUGGAGCGAAUGAUAAGUGAGACUAAACGAGAGCACACAAAGGCUAUUGUGUCUUUGCAGCAGAUAGAAAGGCAACUAGAAUGGCAGAUAAAAAAUCAUCAAGAUAUCAUGAAAGAGAAAGAGGAAGAAUACAAUUAUGAAUUAUCAAAAUUAAUACAAAAAUGCCAAGAACUUGAAAAGGAAAGAAAUCUUCUGCUUACAACAAUAAAACAAGAAAAUAUCAAAUUGCCACUGUUCAAAGACAUGACAUCCAAGGCAAUUUCAGAACAUCAAAAGACAAUUGAAAAACAAACCCGUGCAAAAAAAAGAAAAAACAAAAACCCAAUGGAAGGUGCCAGAGGAACGAUUGAAAGGCAACCGAAAAAUGGAAAUGACCCCAAACUAUCUGAAAUGUUAAAAGAACUGCAGUCUAUUUCUGCAUCGCUGUUGCAAGAAGAUGACACAUUGCUGGGAAAUGAACCACAAACAGAAAGUGACAGAAAAUCAGAUGAACUGUAAUUGUCAUAGCAUAAAAAACAUAGCAUAACAUGAAAUUGCAUAACAAAAUGGCAUUUUAAAUUGCAUAUCAACUGCAGUUUAACAGUGAACACUUAUACCUUAUUUAUAUGUAACAAUUUCAGUAAGCUGGUCCAAUGGUCAGCUUGUUUUUUGAAAUUCGAACAAUUAUUGAGUUUGAGUGAAUAUUGAAAUUAAAUCUUCGUAAAAAUUAUAGCAGUGACAAUGCUUUGGAUGAAACAUUCAAAACUAUAAAUUCCUAGAUUUGAUAGUAGCUAUUCUCUUUUGCAAAUAUAUAAGUUCUUAUAA